GCGCAAUUUGAAUCACCUUGGAGAUCAAGUCAAAAUUCCUUCAGUCAUUUCAUCAAAAUCAUCAUCAUGUUAAAAUUAGAUAUAAUCGUCCACCCCUCAUUCUCCGAACCUAAAGUAACCGCGUCCGAGCCUACAACCAAGGCCCCCAAGCAGUGGAAAUGGCCCUGGCGGAUAAACAUGCUCAGCGUGCCCCGAAUCCGGGUGCCGAAGUACGCGCCUCCGGUCCCCAAACCGCCCAAAACACCGGAACGCCUGGACCCCGGAAUCGAAUUCCGCAGCGACCACCUCUCCAGGCCCCCACUCAGGCUGCUUAACGUGAACCUGACCACGUACAAGCGGGGCCCCAAAUACGCCAAAAACCUGACCAAACUGAUCGACAAAUCGUGGGGCUCCAUAUACAACUACUACCGCAAACAACUCAGAGACAGGCGCUUGAAGCGACUGAGGCGCAAGUUGGAGAAACUCAAAGCAAAGAAACCGAAAGGCAAGUCGUUGGAAAAAAUCCAAGCCAUGAAGCAAGAACACUGGAACCGCAUGGCGCAACCCAAGAAGAUCCCGCUUCCUGAGAAAAUCCCCAAGAAGUGGAAGCCGCUCGACGACCUCCUGGCCAACAUCGACGUGCUCGCCGCCCCCAAGGAGUACCACAUCGUGCCCCCGAGAGUCCUGGGGGUGGUGAACCCCAAGGCCCUGACGUACGAAAUCACCGAGGCCAUCCAGAAGCUGUACCACAUUCCUGACCGACUUAAGAAACAGCCCGAGGGGUUACCGCUCGGGUAUGUGAAGAGGUCAGCUCUGAGGGCGAAGUGCAACGAGAGAAUUGACAAACUGGCCCUGCCUUCGUUCAGUGCACGCGAGGCUAAGAAACACGACGAGGACAAGUACGACCCUUGGGUCAUCUCGCCCAACGCUCUGAAGUACAAACCCACGGCUAGGAUACUGGAACUGGCAAAGCCGUCUGAAAGAGAGUAGCUAGGUAUUUACAAUUUAUUGAUCUAAAGUUAUGGACGCAAAUAACAUUGUGUAACAAAACAAGCAAUUAAAUUAUUCUCGCAUGAAAAA